AUGGCCCUAAAACAAAAAAACGUCGAGAAUAUUGGUUGUUUUUAUGAACCUCUGCAAGCUAUUCCGCCAUCUGAAACAAACGAAAAUGUUACUCCAAUGGUUGAAGCAGGAACGUUAAGCAAACUUACAUUCUGGUGGCUAAAUCCGUUGAUGAUAAAAGGAAAAACUAAAGUUCUUGACGACAAGGACAUCCCAAAGUUACGAAGAGAAGAUACAGCUAAAGAAUGCUAUUCCAGAUUCAUGGAGACGAUGAAGAAGCGACGUGCUUCCGGUGGUCGUGGUGAUUCCAAUCCGUCGAUAUUGUCAACACUGUUCGUUUGGCAAUGUAAAGAGGUCGUGAUCACAGGCUUCUUUGCACUAAUAAAAGUGCUCGCUUUGGCUUCUGGACCUUUGAUUCUACGAGCUUUCAUUAGGGUUUUCCAAGGGAAAGAAAGCUUUGAGCAUGAAGGUUACUUUCUGGCGUUAGGUCUGCUACUAGCGAAAUGUCUAGAAUCGGUAUCGGAGAGACAACUAAAGUUUGGAAGUAGAGUGAUCGGACUCCAAGUGAAAUCGAUGUUAUGUGCAGCCAUUUAUCAGAAGCAACUCCGGCUAUCCAACGAUGCUAAAUUGAGUUACUCCUCCGGUCAAAUAAUGAACUACGCCACCGUUGAUGCUACUAGAAUCGGCGAGUUCCCAUUGUGGUUUCAUCGGGUAUGGAUGAUACCUCUUCAGAUAUGUCUGGCGAUAGUUAUAAUCUAUUUUUCAGUGGGAGUUGCAACAUUUGCAUCUCUUUUAGUAGUAACGUUGACAGUUGUUGGAAAUAUCCCGUUGGGUAAGUUGCAACAUGAAAACUUAACAGGACUUAUGAUGACACAAGACCGAAGAUUGAAGGGUAUAACGGAGGCUGUUACAAACAUGAAGGUUUUGAAGCUGUAUGCAUGGGAGACGCAUUUCCGGGAGGUGGUUGGAAAGUUGAGAAGCGAAGAGAUGAGAUGCUUAUCGGCUGUUAUCUCACAAAGAGGCGUCUACUUGGCUCUUUAUUGGUCGUCUCCGGCGGUUGUAGGAGUAGUUACGUUUUGGUCGUGUUAUUUGUUGGGAAUUACACUUGAUGCAGCUGUGUUUAUCGAGGCAAGUGUAGCGUUAGCUCGUGUUGUUAAGUUUCUUGAGGCGCCUGAAUUGCAGAAAGAGGGAACAAGUCAUGUGAAUGUGGAAGAUGAUCAAGAGCUAUCUGUAAUAAUCAAAUUUUCGACAGGCAAAAAGGUGGCAAUAUGUGGAGAGGUCGGGUCGGGUAAAUCGACUCUUAUAUCUGCCAUUCUAGGAGAGGUUCCCAACAUAGAAGGCACAGUUGAAGUUUAUGGCAAGGUAGCAUACGUUUCGCAAACGGCAUGGAUCCAAACGGGGACUAUUCGAGAAAAUAUUCUAUUUGGAAUGUUGAUGGAUGAGGAAAAGUAUGAAAAAGUAGUAACACAAUGCUCACUUGUGAAGGAUAUCGAGAUGUUUCCAUUUGGAGACCAAACAAUUAUUGGAGAACGAGGCAUAAAUCUUAGUGGUGGACAAAAACAACGAGUUCAACUUGCUCGGGCAUUAUAUCAAGAUGCAGAUAUAUACCUCUUGGAUGAUCCGUUCAGUGCAGUUGAUGCACAUACUGCAUCCAGUUUGUUCAAGGAAUACAUCAUGGAUGCUCUAUCUAGCAAGACGGUGUUGCUUGUAACUCACCAAGUUGAUUUCUUGCCAGCUUUUGACGAUAUCCUGUUAAUGGUAGAUGGGAAGAUCGUGCAAACAGGAACAUAUGAGAAAUUACUUGCAUCCUGUAGAGAGUUCAAAAACCUUAUGAUCACACUUAGGGAUACUUCCAAUUCAGAUAAUCAAGAAGCACAUGAUGAUUCUCAACACAGAUUUAAAGCUCUAUUUCAAGAAACCAAAAAAACUAAUCCUAAAGAAGAAAUUCUAGGAGAACAAUUGCUUAAGCAAGAAGAAAAAGAAGCAGGGGACACGGGUUUUAAACCGUACAAACAAUAUCUUAGCCAGAGCAACGGUGUUUUCUACUUCUCUAUGUUGGUUUUGAUAAAUUUUGUGUACAUAAUCGGGCAGGUGUUGCAGAAUCUAUGGUUGGCUAAGGAAGUGCACAGUUUUGGUGUAAACCAUAGGAACAUGUUACUAGUAUACACGAGCCUCGCUUUCGUGGUUAUAAUCUUAUUAUUUAGUAGAUCUUACUUUGCUGUUAAACUAGGGGUUAAGACAUCGAUAACAAUGUUUAUGAAGUUGAUUACAUCACUUUUUCGAGCACCAAUGGCCUUUUAUGACUCAACACCUAUCGGAAGGAUCAUCAGUCGUGUGUCAUCCGAUCUUAGCAUUGUGGACCUUGAAUUGGCAAUAAAGCUUACGAUGUGUGUAGGAGCAACGAUGAAUGCUUACUUAAGCUUUGGAGUCUUGGCGUUCCUAACUUGGCCUACUUUGUUCAUUAUCAUUCCCACGGUUUAUGUGACGAUACUUCUACAGAAAUUGUACAACGCUUCUGCAAAGGAGUUAAUGCGAUUGGAUGGCACGAGUAAGUCAUUAGUAGCAAGCCAUCUCGCACAGUCGAUCGCCGGAGCUGUAACCAUCCGUGCAUUUGGCAAAGAAGAUGGUUUCUUUCUAGAACAUAUGCACCUUAUUGAUGGCAACGCGAGUCCAUUUUUUCAUAGUUUUUCAGCAAAUGAGUGGUUGAUCCAACGUCUUGAAAUGCUAUGUGCACUUGUUGUUUCAAUGUCUGCCUUGGCCAUAACUUUGCUUCCAUUUCAAGCUUCUGACUCAGGUAUCAUUGGAAUGGCUCUUUCUUAUGGGCUCUCAUUGAACGCUGCUCUUGUUGCUUCCAUCCAAUUUCAAUGCCAACUUUCAAAUCAGAUAGUUUCUGUCGAAAGACUAGAGCAACACAUGCAUAUUCCUAGUGAAGCCCCAGAAAUCAUAGAAGCCAACCGACCCUCAACAAGUUGGCCAAGUAUCGGUAGAGUUGAUAUUCAAAACCUUAAAAUUAGAUAUCAACCGAAUUCCCCAUUGGUACUUCAAGGAAUCAAUUGUGUAUUUGAAGGAGGACAUAAAAUUGGAAUUGUUGGAAGGACAGGGAGUGGAAAAACAACUUUGAUAAGUGCUUUGUUUCGACUAGUUGAACCUACACAAGGAAGGAUUGUUAUAGAUGACUUAGAUAUCACUUCUAUUGGCCUUCAUGACCUUCGAUCAAGUUUUGGUAUCAUCCCACAAGAACCAACUCUAUUUAGUGGUUCCAUUCGAUAUAAUCUUGAUCCCCUAGCAGAACAUAGUGAUCAGGAACUGUGGAAGGUUCUUGAAAAAUGCCAACUUCGAGAGGUGAUUCAAGAUAAAAAAGAGGGGUUAGACUCGUUAGUUGUGCAAGAUGGCUUGAAUUGGAGUUUGGGACAACGACAAUUAUUCUGUUUAGGAAGAGCCCUUUUGAAAAGACGAAAGAUAUUGAUACUUGAUGAAGCCACAGCUUCAAUCGACAAUGCAACAGAUACAAUUAUCCAAAAAACGAUUCGGGAAGAAUUUCAACAAUGUACAGUAAUAACAGUUGCACACAGAAUACCAACCGUUAUAGACUGUACAAUGGUACUUGUUAUGAAGGAUGGAAAGGUGAUGGACCUCCGGACUGGACUAGAUCAAGUGAGACCUCAUAAGAUGCAAUGCCAAUCAAUAAUUAGAUUUUCUCCUUGAUUAUGAAGAAAUUGAGAAUGAUCUCCAUGUAAUUUACCUUUUUACAUCGUAAGAUGCAAUGCCUUACGAUUUGUUUUGAAAAGGAACAACUAUAUAUCAUCUAUUUUAAGUUUUCAGCAUCUCUUAUAUCGGCCACGUCUUUGGUACACUCAGAUCUCUUCUGUUCCAGAAACUGUUGUACAACCAAGAGUCCAAUCGUCUGUAUGCCAUAAAGCAGAAAAUAAAGUCAAGUACUCAAGCUCAAGGGUAUUUUCGGUAAUAUGUAAAUGUAAAAAGUUGUGACCUUUUCUAAUGCGGCUUAUGGUGUUUUCAUGAGCCAAAAGAUGAGCAUCAGGAUUGGUUUUUUGAACAGUGGAAAGCCCUGAAAGGAAACAUCAAAUUUUGAUCAUUAUUCAUCAAAAGAAAUAUGAUUUUUUAAAUUAUAAAACAUGGGAAAUGUAAUUAAAUUUUUUUUUUUUACUUGUU